CUUUCGACGCCGCUUCUUACCUGAUCUUGCAGGUGUUGCUCAGGCUUUGCUCGAGCUCAAGACGCAGCUCUGCUGAAUUGGCGACCUUACGAUCUUGAUCAUCUUCUCCGUUCACAUGUUUCGAACUUUGCAGCCUGUCGUUCUUCGAACGCUCCGUCCCUUGUCUCUCCGGGCUCGGACUCUCGCGACACAUGCCGCUGACCUUCCUUCGACCUCCUUGGAAGGCGCUGUGAAGGACGAGGCAGACGCGCCAGUCGAUUCUACGCCGGGCGUUUCGACAGACUCAUGGAAGGCUGAGCGACGACAGCGUCCGCAUCUGGGUAUCAAAGUGGACGAAAACCAUGGUCUCUGGGCAUUUUUUCGCAGAAAAGAGGAACCCAAUGAGAAGGUAACCUAUGAGGCGUUUGAGGCCAUCGACGUAGCCAAGGAUGGGAGUGGUCGGUCAUGGACCGCAGCAGAGCUGCGUCGGAAAAGUUUCAAGGAUCUGCACACAUUGUGGUAUGUUCUCCUACGGGAGCGCAACCUUCUCGCUACACAGGUAGAGGAUGCGCGAAGACAUAACGUCCAUGCUUCUAUGUUGUCUGCGUACGACAAUGUCCGCAAGUGCCGGAAGAGCAUGGCUCGCAUCAAGUACGUGAUCAACGAGCGGCGUUUGGCGUAUGAGGCCAAAAUCAAGUUGUACGAGCAGCAGAGGGAGGAAGCCAUAAUUGCUGCUCAGGAGAAAGAGGAGGCGGAGAAGCGGGAAGCAGAAGCUCAAGCGGAGGCUCAAGCUCAGGAGGAAUUGGCGGCUCAGCGAGGGGAAGCGAGCGACCCGCAGUCGGCAGCGAGGCUGGCGGGAGCGGGAUUGUUCGAGACUACACCAGAAUCUCCACAGUCACAGAGUGAUAGCCACGGGAAGGAAUCAUAGGUAGAUCUGUAUGGUUCCCGCCCAGUCAAUCUACAGCGGCA